UCAACCUUACAUUCCAUUCGGUACCGGUAUUGGAGUUAUUGUAUUUUACGUAUAAGUACCUUGCAACAGUGGAAUAUCCUACGAACGUGAACUACGGAUAAUUAUAAAUAGUUUCAUUGUGUCGUUUGCAGUUGAAUAUUAUUUUACAGUAUUGUGCGUUUUUACGUCAAAUAAGAUAACACUACUAUCAAGGCAUCAUUGCAUUUUAACUGUAACGAAACUCCAGAUAUUAUUAUUAUGUCAUUACCUUCUUCAUCAAGUGGCGAUUUGAGUCAAUCAUCAACAAAGUACCAUUCAAAUGAACAUCAAGAGACAAUUGACACCGAGAACCAUGAAAACCACAAUAGUUCCAACGAUGGUAGAGAUGGAUUGCAGUCGUUGGACAUAUGGCGCACGUGCCCGGUGGCAUUGAUCCGAUCAGAUCCGGUAAUGCGCACGAUUUAUGAUAGGGGUUUCAUAUCCGGAUUUUAUAGACACAACUCGAAGCAGUCUGUAGUAGUGUCAGUGAUCACACCACCGACAAAAUCAACGGAAACGUCGGAAACUGCGUCAGAGAUAAUAUCUGCGGGCGCCGAAUUUGAGUCACCGUCAGAAGCGGCAGUAGUGACCAACUUAUCAGCAGUCGAUUUGGCGGUCGGGUCGGCGUUUGAUAACGCUAUUGAGUCGGCCUUGGACAGCGCAGUACAGGCCGCAGAAACCUCGAUGCGAGUUGCCCUCAUGGUCCGAACUAAGCCUUACUAGUUACUACAAUAGUUCAGUAACAGAUAACCGAAACAUAUAGAAGGUCCUAACAUGAGUUUAUACCUCGUAUAUAAUUAUUAUAUACAUAAUCCAUAAAUAAUUAUUUUGAGUUGUACCGUAACUUCGAUUAAAUUAUAUUAUACUAAAAAA